GUUACCUCAUGACGCACAGUGCGAGUCAGUGUGACGUAACGCUGCGUCCUUGUUUACCCCUCACGUUUCUGCACGUUUCUAUUAGUGUUGAUUGUUUGGGAAGUUUAAGGAAAAUUAGGUGCACCAUGGCGACGCAUUUCCACCUGAACACACCGCUGCUGGAGAGCGUCAGCAUGUCCAAACGUGUGGGAACCACCGUGUACCUGAAGAUGGAGAACUCACAGCCCUCUGGCUCCUUCAAGAUCCGUGGUAUCGGACACCUCUGCCAGCAGCUCACCAGACAGUCCAAAGGAGUGGUCUGCUCUUCAGGUGGUAAUGCAGGUAUGGCUGCAGCCUAUGUAGCCAGAAAAAUGGGUAUACCAGCCACCAUCGUAGUCCCCUCCUCGUCUCCUCAGCUGAUCGUUCAGAGACUCCAGGAUCACGGUGCUACUGUCAAGAUCACAGGCAAGGUUUGGGAUGAUGCCAAUGCAGAGGCGCUCAGACUGCAGGAGACCGAAGGACUCACCUAUGUUCCUCCAUUCGAUCACCCGCUGCUCUGGCAGGGCCACGCCAGCAUGAUCACGGAGGUCGCGGCCUCCUUGGGUCCCGGCGCCAAGCCUGGAGCUGUGCUGGUGUCUGUGGGCGGAGGAGGGCUCCUCUGCGGCGUCGUCCAGGGCCUGAAGGAUGUGGGCUGGAUGGAUGUACCCGUCGUCGCCAUGGAGACGGCGGGGGCCGACUGUUUCAACGCAGCGGUCAAGGCGGGGAGGUUGGUCACCCUGGAUGACAUCACCAGUGAGGCUAAAUGUCUCGGAGCUAAGACAGUUUGCAAGAAAGCGUUUGAAUACAGCCAAUGCAGCGAGCUCACCAUCAUUUCCGAACUUGUGACUGACCAGCAGGCUCUGAGUGCUGUGGAAACAUUCCUAGAUGAGGAGCGUGUGUUGGUGGAGAUGGCGUGCGGAGCGGCACUAGCAGCUGUCUACAGUGGACUCAUAGGCAGACUACAGGAGGAAGCUGUGCUCCCUCCUCUGGUGAGUGUGAUUGGACAGCCUGCAGACGGAGAAGCUAAUGGACGUGCCAGCUCAUUUCUAUGACAACAGGAAGGAGCUGCUUUGAUGAGCCCAGCAGAGGGCAUUUGAGCCGAGCUGUGGCUAAAAAUAGGACGAAGUAAACAAGAAUGAAUGGAGGAGAGGCAGAGAGGGAAACGGUACACGCAUGUCAAUGUACAUGGACAUGUUCCUGCACGCUUUUGUUUGGCUCGUGUUGCACAGUCUUCAACCAGCAGGCUCUUUUCCUGACAGACUGUAUUCUAAAUGUUGUGCCAUCCAAGUUUUUUGUUAAAUUGCAAAAAGUGAAAACCAUCAAAAAACAGCCAUACUUCUAUCAGUAAAUUAUAAUUUGAUAAAAACAUUUUCAACUUCAACAAAAUCAAACCUAUUCCACCCUGGGCACAGCUGUCCACAUCUGGAUAAGAGCAAGCCACUAUUAUUAUUUUAACACGAUAUAGGUUGUGUUUUCAAUUGGUCCUUCUGUGUAAAUUUGCUCAUUUAAUAACUUUAAGUUUUAACUUAACGGUAAGAGGAAAAGCCUACUGGGCCAAGUUUGCAUUUGAAGCCAACAGUAUUACUCUUGAGAUGGUUUGGUAAUUUGCUCUUUUUCAAUUGUAAAUGAACUUUAUGUGGUUCUUGUACACAAAAGCAGAAAAACAGUUUGCCCUUUUCAGGCCACUAAAAAUAAUGUAUAUGAAAAACGUAUAUGGGGAAAAUGACUCUUUGAUUGACUCAGACAUGCUACCUAUGACAAAAGGUUGCAGUGAGAUGUUUCUUAAUAUGUUGUUUUAAUACUUUGUAUUUAUCUAUUAUAAAGGAGUUAUUUCAGUUUGCAGAAUGUCAGUAAGUGCACAAAUAUCAGACAUCUUUUGGCUGCACUCAUAAGGUGAGGAAAUUGUGGAGGAUACUGCCAAAGCACGAUGAUUUUGUUUGCCCUCCCUGAUUAUUGUGAGGCUUUGAGCAGACAUCUCCCUUUUCUGUUUAAAGAUGGUUUAAGAUCACAAAGCAUUUUUCAAAUAUGUAAUCGACGUGUGUCAGUGCAUCACAAGGAACACAAUCUUUAUACGGGGGCCCCUAUGCGUAAUACUGUUACACAGCUCUGUUAGACUGAAAAUAAGGGUUCUAAAAUUAGAGGCACAACAGAGAGAGUGUGUUACAAAAUGCCUCGAUUUGGUGAUGUUUGCUAAUGUUUUUUUGGCAGGGAAUCACAAGGCAGAGCUCAGCAGCUGCUAUAUGUAUCCAUGGCAACCUGAUGAGGCAUGCGAGUGUCAAUCCAACCUCUGAGACUUAAUGGGUUUUUACAUUGAGGUUCUUAAAAACAUGAAUACCAUCUUGAAGUAACAUAUUGGGCUGUGCUGCCGCUUGUGGGAUUGGAUGAAAAAUUUAAAGCAAGUUAUAUUUUAAUAUAUCCUUCAACUUCAUUGCUGUUUUUCUACAUCAAUAUUACCAGCAGAAGCACAGCAGCAAUGGAAACAACACUGUUUCGAACAGAUAUUCUCAUUAGUAACAGUGCCUAAUGUCUGCUUUACGAAUAUUUUACUCCAGUUCUGUAGUGAACACCUGACCUUUAAGAUGCACACUACAGGGACACAAAGCAAGCAUCAAUCACGCGCUUCUACGUUCCUCUAUGUCAUCGUACUAAUCAGAUCAUUUCAGGAGAUACAUUGUCAUGAGGAGUUAUUCUGUCCUGUGACUCCCAGAAUUCCUUUCCGCAGCUCCCAUUAAGGUCUGUGAUGAUGGAUGUCUUCCUGUAUGACUGUCAACAAGACGGUGUAGGAAGAGGCUCUUGUUCUGUGGUUCAGGGGGGCUGACACAAACAUAAUCAGGGUCGGCCGGUCUGUUUCUCAGGAAUCAGAGCAAUGCUGGGUUUCUUUUUCCGGCCAUCUGCAAUCAGGGGGCGGAUUUAAAAACCAAGGUAACGUUAUGGGGUGAACCAGCAGCACUGAGUUACAUGAAGAGGAGAUGACAACCACUGCUGAGAAGAUGAACACCGUCCUAUAGUGGGCUACAUGAACAAUAUGCCACAUGUCUCUAAGCUCAAAACAAAAUGAAGUUCAUGAAAGUCAGAUUGUAAACCUAAUAGCAUACAGUCAAAAGUUUCUCAUUCAACUGCUUUGAAGAAUCUAAAAUAUAAAACAUAUUCUGGUUUGUUGAGCA